GAUUUCAUGCCAGACCUUUACAGGCAUCUGCUCAGCUAUAUUCUCUCUAGACAGGAAGACAAGAUGUUCUCCCUAGAUAAAAUUUACAGUCUUUACAUAAGAAAGGACAGAUUGUAUAAACACAAGGUAUUGUGUGUUAACUACACAACAUACAAUGUUCAGAGAGCCCAGGACUUGUUGAAUCUAUGUACACAUACUAAUGUUAUACUACUUUCAGGAAAAACAGACAAUCUGUUUGUCUAUACAUGA